ACCCUCUGCCUCGACCCAUCACAGUUCUUCUGUCAACAGAUUUUGCUUGAUAGCUUAAUCUCUCAGCUACAACUAUUACAGCCUCUAUCAUCUUUACCACACGUACCAAGAUUUCUUUUUCUAGCACCAGUGUGAUCUUGACUACAGAGGAACUCAACAAUGUCCACCAGCAUCGUGAAAGUGUUUCUUCUCCUGGCUGUCGCUGUCUGCAUCUCUCAAGCCCAACGACAUGGAUUGGGAAAGCAGUGUCUGUGCUCAAGUGUCAAGAGGUUGGAUACCUCUGACGUAAAGGAUGUCCAGAUCUUCCAAGCAACCGUCUUCUGUAACAGAGUGGAGAUUGUUGUCACCACCAACAGCGGCUAUCGCUAUUGCCUGGACCCCAAGAGGAGACCAGUGCAGCAGCUCGUAGCUAGCAUCAUGAACAGACAGAAAGCCUCUACAGCCUCACCAACUACGUUCAGCUCCACAGCCGGCAGCAGCAGCACAGCUCGUGUCUGACUCUCUCUGUAACUCCUUCAAUCAGUGAGAAGCUCAGAUGACCUCUGACUGCAACAGAAGCACCUUCAAAGAAAGAAGAUGUUAACUCAACUAAGCUUUUUGUUAAUUUAUCUUCUAUUUAUACGUUUGUGCACUUACAGUCAAUCUUUAUUUCCUUUGACUUUUGUGAAUACAUUCACAUGUUGUGAACCCAGUUUUUCCUCCAUUUUGUUCAUUUCAGUUUUUUACUAAUAAAAGAUAUAAUCAAGAAA